UAAACACAACCAUCACAUUCUCACAUGUUCCCAACCCACUGUUAGUCUCCUCCACUUCCAAGCCACCACCUCUGUUCCAUCAUGCCACCACUAACCACCAUCCUCUUCCCCUCCCUUGCUCUUUUCCUUCUCCUUCUCUUCUCCUCCUCCACCUCAAAUGCACACAACAUCACACGCAUCCUUGCCAAACACCCUGAAUUCUCCACCUUCAACCACUUCCUCACCACCACUCACUUGGCAGCAGAGAUCAACAGACGACAAACCAUAACUGUUCUAGCCCUUGAUAAUGCUGCCAUGUCAUCUCUCCUGGCUAAACAACUCUCCCUCUACUCCCUCAAGAAUGUCCUCUCUCUCCAUGUUCUUGUUGACUACUUCGGUUCCAAGAAGCUUCACCAGAUUACCAAUGGAACAGCUUUGACUGCUACAAUGUUCCAGGCUACUGGUGCUGCUCCAGGUUCCUCAGGGUACGUCAACAUCACUGAUCUUAAAGGUGGAAAAGUUGGAUUCGGAGCAGAAGACAAUGAUGGAAAACUUGAUGCUGUUUAUGUGAAAUCUGUGGCAGAGAUUCCUUACAAUAUCUCUGUCUUACAAAUUAGUCAGGUUUUGAAUUCAGCUGAAGCCGAAGCACCAACCGCAGAGCCAAGCCAACUUAAUCUAACAGAAAUAAUGUCAAAGCAAGGCUGCAAAGCCUUUGCGGACUUGCUGAAAGCUUCAGGAGCUGAUGCAACAUUUAACCAAAAUAUUGAUGCAGGUCUAACAGUGUUUUGCCCUACUGACCCUGCCAUCAAUGGUUUCAUGACCAAAUACAAGAGUUUGACAGCAUCCCAGAAAGUGUCCCUGCUGUUGUAUCAUGGCAUUCCUGAUUAUCAGUCCAUGCAAAUGCUGAAAUCCAACAACGGGAUUAUGAACACAUUGGCAACCGAUGAAGCAAACAAAUAUGAUUUCACCAUACAAACCGACGGUGAGGUGGUGACAUUGGAGACUAAGGUCAUAACUGCAAAGAUUACAGGGACUCUGAAGGAUGAAGAGCCAUUGAUUGUUUACAAAAUUAAUAAGGUGUUGUUGCCUGGGGAAUUGUUCAAGCCAGUGGAAGCGGCUGUGGCACCAGCAGAGAGUGAUCCAGCUGGUGAUCAGACGGUAGAUAAUGAAAAUGGGGUUACAGGAUUGGACGGUAGGAGAUUGGUGAUGGUGUUGUUGAGCUUGUGCAUUGGGGUGUUGUUAAUGUGAAUAUAGUGAUAUAUAAAUAUUGAUCAAAACGAUACAAAUUGCAUCAGAGAUGAUUUUUCUUUUCUUUUCUUUUUUUAAUUUUCUUUCCUCUUUUUCUCUGGUGGAAUGUGAGCAAAAGAGCAGGAAAUGUUCGAUGAAUUAAAACACAUUUGUCUUCUUCACGAAGAGUAUCAGUGAAAACAAAAAGAUAAUGUAAAUUAUGAAAUUACUGCAGCAACGAACAAAAACUGAAUAGAGAUUUUUAUUUCUUAUGAAUAAAUACUGCUAUUUCUUUGUAGCAGAUAAGAGCA